AUGGAUCGCAGAAGGUUUUGUAAGGAUUUCCAAAAUGGUAAAAGUUUGGAGGAAGUGGCAAUUGAUUAUUUGGAGGACCUUAUUAGCAGGAACUUGAUACAGGCUAGAAAAAGGAGAUUCAAUGGUGAGAUAAAAGCAUGUGGAAUACAUGAUCUACUGCGUGAGUUCUUUGAUGAUUAUUGUAAGGCAUUACCCCCUGUCGCCAGAUCUAUUUACCUUUUUUCUCACUUUGAUCAACCUCUUGAAUUUCUCUCUCGUUUCAACCUUCUCAGGGUAUUGGCCAUCUUCAAUGAAAAUGUAAGUUGUCAGUCAUUUCCACUAGUGAUUACAAAGUUAUUUCAUUUGAGAUAUCUCCAAUUUCCAUUUCACAACGAUAUUCCUGACUCAAUCUCGGAGCUUCAGAAUUUGCAAACUCUAAUUUGUGGCAGGGAUGCCAAAUUUAGUGGUUAUCCUUUAGAUAGAAGUUAUUCUUUACCUGGGAAGAUAUGGAUGAUGAAGAACUUGAGGUAUAUUCGUAUGAAGGGACUCCUUUUUUUAUCCAGUCCUAGAACAGAAAGUCUUCUGACAGGGAUGCCAAAUCUAGAGGAAUUUUCUAUUCUUUGUUCCACCAGUUGUACAAAUGAAGUCUUCUCUGGCAUUCCCAAUCUAAAGAGGUUGAUCAUUCAUCUACCAUAUGAAAUAAAUGAAAUUUUCAAUCGGCAAUUGGAUAUGUCCAGAUUGAUAAAACUCGAAGCAUUCAAGUUUUAUGGGUCAACUUUUUUUCGACACCCCAUCAAGAGAAUUGGUUUUCCAACAUCACUUAGGAGGUUGUCUUUAACUCUGUGUAGUGAUUUUGAUUGGGUAGACAUAUCCUCAACUUCUAUGAUGUUGCCAAAUCUUGAAGAGCUCAAACUUAAACGUUGUCUAACCUUUAGUCGUAAAUGGAGAUUGAGUGAUGAAAACAAGUUCAAAAGCUUGAAGUUGUUGCUACUGAGUGGCGCAAAUCUUAUUCAUUGGGAAGCUAGCAGUAAUAACUUCCCAAAUCUAAAAUGCCUUGUUCUGAAGGGCUGCCACACACUGCUAGAAAUUCCAGCAGAUUUUGGGGAUAUUUGUACUUUGAAAUCAAUUGAAUUACAUGAUUGCCCCCCUCGUGUUGAGGAUUCUGCAAGAAAUAUUGUACAAGAACAAGAGGAUAUGGGAAAUAAUUUCCUUAAGGUCUACAUCAUUCAUAACAAUUACUCCUAUACUGCUGUAAUUUCUCUUCUUCAAACUCUUGACCAACGAAAUCCACAACUCUUUCAUGGUCACACUGCUGAAGCGCUCGAUUCUCUUCAUGCUACUGCCGAAUAUUUCCAAAACGUUCUUGAAAAUGCUAGCAAGAGUAGAUUUGACACUGAAAAGAUCAAAUCUUUGGAGGAAAAAAUUAGAGUUGCUGCUAGUUAUGCAGAAGAUGUUCUUGAGCUGAAAAGUUCUCGAAUUGUCAAAGUCUCGAGGUGGAAAUUUGGAAUUUCACAACACCUGGAUUUGCUAAAAGCUGUUAAAAAAUGGAUACAACAAAGGAACAAGUGA